AUGGAACUUUCCAGUAAACGAGAACAGUACUUUGAUAUUCUGAAUGAAAAAUAUUAUUCGUACAAAACUCAAAUUAAAGAGUUAAAAGAGGAAAAUAAGCAACUUGAAGAUCUAAAAGAAGUAAUGCAGAUAGAGAACAACUCUCUUUCUAAGAAUAGACUUCUUAUCAAAGAAAUGUCUUCUCAACUGGCUGAUUUGAAAGAAAAAAGACAACAUUUGGAAGGUAUGGCCGAAAUGAGAAAAACCUUUGGAGUUAAAUCCAGUCCGAAAAACAAAUCUCCAAGAAGAAAGACAGCAAAACGUAAAUGA